ACUACUAAACGUGUACAAGGGAAUAGAUCAGGCUGAGCUGCCUCCAAAUCACAGUGUAGCUCACUCAGAUUUCUGUCGGAGUGUGAUGACAAAAGCCAGUUAUAUAAUCCCCCUCGAUAAAUCUGUGAAUUUGUCCCAUCUACAAAUGAACAUCAGCUUUGUGGCUUCUAUUUUGAGACGAAAACACGAACACUCAAGGUCAUCGUUCACGCCAUAUUGUCCUCCUUAUGUUGUUUUGCACUUUGUCGUCCAUGAAGUGGGCCAAUCAUUCUCCGCUUUUACAAUCUACGUGUUUAUCUUGUGGAUGUUUUCGUCUGUCUGCACACUGUUGCUACACCUCUCCCCAUGACCAAUCAGUGAGAAGGUGAGAGGUCAGCUCUAUAUCAUCUCUGCUGGCGGAAGUGAGUCCUAUUCCAAAAAGAAGCUUCUAUCUGUAUUCAAGAGUUUAUUCGAAAAAGUUUGGAAAAACCUCGCUGCCAUGGCGCCGAUUCUGUUGAACUGUUUUGGAGGCGAUCAGACGGACUACAUCAAACAACCAGUGCAGGUGAAGAAUCCGUACUUGGACACCAUGGAGGAAGAUAUUCUCUACCACUUCAGUCUGAGCACCAAGUCUCACAACCUCCCAGAGAUGUUCGGAGACAUUAAGUUUGUCUGUGUCGGUGGCAGCGCCAACCGAAUGAAGGCGUUCGCCCAGUUCAUGCACCAGGAGCUGAAGCAGCCUGGAAACCCAGAGGACGUCAAAGAUAUCUGUGAGGGAACUGACCGCUACUGCAUGUACAAAGUGGGACCAGUGCUCUCCAUAAGUCACGGCAUGGGCGUCCCCUCCAUCUCCAUCAUGCUGCAUGAGCUCAUCAAACUGCUGCACCACGCUCAGUGUCGGGACGUGGUUCUGUUCCGCCUGGGAACAUCAGGCGGCGUCGGCCUGGCUCCUGGAACCGUGGUGAUUACAGAGAAAGCCGUGGACUACUCCUUCAAGCCGAAGUUCGAGCAGGUGGUACUGGGCAAAGUCAUCACCCGCAGCACCGAGCUGGACGAGGACGUGGCCCAGGAGCUCCUGCAGUGCUCCGCUGAGCUUCCCAACCUGCCCACAGUCAUCGGGAACACCAUGUGCACACAUGACUUCUAUGAAGGUCAGGGGCGGCUGGACGGAGCCCUGUGUUCCUUCUCUGCCGAGGAGAAGCUGGAGUACCUGAGGAAAGCGUAUGAUGCUGGAGUGAGGAACAUAGAAAUGGAGUCCUCAGUGUUCGCCGCCAUGGCUCGUGUCUGUGGCCUUAAAGCCGCCGUGAUCUGUGUAACGCUGCUCAACCGCUUCGAGGGCGACCAGAUCACAUCCUCUCACGAGGUUCUGGUGGAGUACCAGCAGAGACCGCAAGCCCUGGUGUCCCACUUUAUCAAGAAACGCUUGGAGCUAGUGUAGACACCUGUAUUCUGUGUAUAUAGCUCUGUGCAUACCUGUAAAUACUCUGUUCAUAAGCAUAUUUAAAAAGAAGAAAGUUUCAUGAUUUGACUGAUUCUCUUCACGUGUGCUUUGUAUCGUAAGUAUUUAAUAGUUUUCUUUACAAAAAAUUGACGCUGUAAAAUGUUACUUCAAUGUUGGUAUUGUGUUUUCAUUGUGAUGUGUUUAUGUACUGGUGAAGCACUUGAUGAUGACUGAAUGCAUGUGAGGUGUGUUUCACUGAUGAACACCGACAGGCUUCAGUCCCACACCUGCUCCUUUAUGAAAGAAGUUUUACAUGUUACAAUAGUGUGUUUCAAAAGGUGCAAUGCUGAAACUUGAAAUAAACUAUAACAACGUGA